AAUUUUGCGCGGUCGGGUCGAAGUCUCCCUCCAUGCCGAAGACCUCAGCUCUACUGAACUGGAGCUGACAGAAGACAGAAGAUGUCAGCCGAGGAAAUGGCCGAGAUGGCCUACACCCUGCUGGUAGAUCUGGGAUACACCUCGGAUCGUGAUUGGUUCAAUCAGCGGCUGUUCGUGGCACCGAACAACGAGGCCUUCUUUUCCGUAUUCCAAUAUCUUCUCUCCUUCGCGGAUCCUCAAAUGUUCAAGGACAAAUUCAAAUUCUGCCUACCUUUGUACGAUAAACGACGAGAAGGAGAUUUUCGUAAGGUUCUUUGUUCCCUCCUGCAAGACUUAGCUAGAAACGGGGAUUUAGGGGACGACGUCCCCAUGAUAAAGAUGGCUUUAUUCACUACCCCAGGCAGGAGCGCUUUCCUUCAGAUGCUGCUUGCAGUCAUCGAAUGGGUUAUACGGAAGAACUCAAGCAUGCUCGAAAUCGUGAUACCUCCCUAUGACGCGCCGCACGAAGCACUACAAUCUGUCCUGGAAUUUUACGGGAAACAGAUGGAGGCCGAUGCGAAGGCCGCCGAUGCACUGCUCGGGGAAAUGCAGAGUCAAAUGGAGUUGUUGGUGUCGGACCUCCAGAAAACAGACGCUGCUGUUCAAGCUAGCCGAGAUGAAUUGACGAAAGCUCAGGAGCAAACUAAAACCACCGAAGGGGACGAGAAAAAUCUACGGAAAUUGUCUGAAGCGCUCUCACAGAUGGCUUCGAUGUCCAGAUCUUUACGGAGACUUUUAGAUAUUGUGCAGACGGAUUCCCCGAGCCAUGAUGCCUUGACCAUAAUUGAACCCUUACCGGAAGUCUUGCUACAAUCCAUACCAGAAGCCGGUCCAAAGGUGGACGAAUUGAACGAGCAAAUUUCCUCAGGUCAAGUCGACAUACUCCUAUACAUGAGACUAGUCAGUAUCAUCCUGAGGAACAGACGACCUUUAUUCAAUGAUGUCAUCGAGAAGCUCUCUGUAGGCUCGGCCAUAGACAGAUCCUUGAGAGAUCAACGGAAGUGUUUGGAGCAAGCCAGGAAGACCCUGAAUCAGAUCCACCAGUUCAUCGACGCCAAGUCAAAAUCGAUCACUGGUUACGUCACAGAAGAACUCGAAGCCGUUGAAGACGCCCUCAUCUUGGCGAUUGAUCCGCCUUCGGUGUCUGAACUCAAAGAGCUCGUGGAUCUGAGCGAGGCCAAUCUAGACUCGGUCGGGGAGAAUUCCGCUCCGCAGCCUCGAAACGGGGCGAUGGCACCACCAACAGCUCGACAUCAUUUGAAGAGGAAGAAGAUCGGAACCUUGAACUUGCCGCUCUCGAACACCACCAAAAUGGACCUUUCAGGGUUCUCACCCCUGUCUACACCCAUUCAGAGUCUCAGAAUCGAUAAAUUGAAAAACGAACGCCUCAAGCGUCGAAGUAUCAAAGACGUUUUCACUUCAACGCCUUUCGUAACGCCCCAAUAAAUCACGUUCUCGUUUUUU